GAUGAUGAUGAUGAUGAUGAUGAUGAUGAUGAUGAGGAUGAUGAGGAUGAUGGUGAUGAUGAUGAUGGUGAGGAUGAUGAUGAUGAUGAUGAUGAUGAUGAUGAUGAUGAUGAUGAUGAUGAUGAUGGUGAGGAUGAUGAUGAUGAUGAUGAUGGUGAGGAUGAUGAUGGUGAGGAUGAGGAUGAUGAUGAAGAUGAUGAUGGUUAUGAGGAUGAUGAUGAUGAUGGAGAUGAUGAGGAUGAUGAUGAUGAUGAUGAUGAUGGUGAAGAUGAUGAUGAUGAUGAUGAUGAUGAUGAUGGUGAGGAUGAUGAUGAUGAU